AUGAAGUGCAUUUUGAGCCAUUUCCGCAUUUUGAACAUAUCCGUUGAAGACAAUCCCCUUACAACCAUAAAUUUGUUUGUAGCUAAUUGUAAAGACAUUUCAGAUAUUUAUAAUUAUGAGAACGAAACUCUGUGUGCAGCGGCACUGGAUAAUAUAGUUAGAGAAGAAGAUUUAAAAAGCUUUUUCUCAAAUUUUGGAACAAUAAGUUCUUUUAAUAUUAUUGAUAAAAAACAUUUAUCGAAAAAUUUUAAAAAAUUUGCCUACUGUGCAUAUAUAACAUACCGAGAAAAAAAUGUAAUUGAAAUCAUUUUAACAUACAGUAUUCAUUUGAAUAAUUACUUUAAAAGCAAUAUACAACCACCAUACUAUAUAAAUUUGGAAAAAAAAAAAUUUGCAUACUAUAUAAAAAAGUACUAUGAAAAUUAUUAUGACCUAUAUAAUGAGAGAAAGAUAAUUAUUAAUGAAAUUUUAAACUUAAACAAAAAUAAUAAUAAGGGAAGAAAAAAAUUAGAUUUAAUAGACGAAGAUGGAUUUACUGUCGUUCAAAGGGUAGAAGACAAACCAGAAUUUAUGAAUUCUGUUUUUUCUACCUCAAAUGAUAGAUUCACAUAUUUAAAGAAGGAAAGGAAAACGAAAAUUCAUGAGAACUUUUAUCUUUUUAAAAAGAAAGACAAUAUAAGAAGUACCAGUGAAUUUAUGGGGAAAAAGAAAAAUAAACAUAGGAAAUUCUAA